AUGGCGAUUUCUGUCACGGUGACCCUGCUCAGCGGCAUCCAGGCAACAGUUCUGAUGCAUGAAGACGAAACAGUGGCUGACCUGCGACGGAAGGCCCAGGCUGCCUUGCAAAGACCUUUAGGGAAAUUCAUCGGUACUUCUGGCACUUUGUCAAGCACAUCUGGCACAUUAGUGCAGGCAGGAGUCCGGGAUGGAGACACGAUUACGGCCAUCCAGCAGACAGUCGCGGUUGCAGCAACUCGUAGUGCAUUUGCUCUCAUCCGUGCAGAUGGCACUGUGAUGACAUGGGGCCGUUGCCGCGACGGCGGGGACAGCAGUGCUGUCCAGCAUCAGUUAUUUGACGUGCAGCAGAUCCAGGCCUCGGAUUCCGCCUUUGCUGCACUCCGAGGAGACGGAAAAGUAGUUGCAUGGGGUAAUCUGACUCCAGACAACAUUUUUUAUGAUCCUCCUUUCUCGUCGGACAGCAACGACGACGAGCCGCGCGGGGAUGUGAGAUUCGAGUCUGUUCAGAGCCAACUUCGCGACGUGAUGCACAUUCAAGCAUCCGAGGAGGGAUUUGCCGCCAUCAAAGCAGAUGGGACGGUGGUAACUUGGGGAAGCGAGAUAUCUGGCGGAAACAGUUCCACGGUGCGCAAUGGUCUUCGCGAUGUGUGUUGCAUAGCGGCAGCUGGCCGUGCCUUUGCCGCCUUGCGCAGGGACGGAAGUGUGGUGACUUGGGGCGACCAUGACCUAGGCGGCUGCAGUGACUAUGUGCAGAACCAGCUAAGGGAUGUCCUGCACAUCAAGGGGUCUAAAGGUGGGUUCGGUGCAGUCACUGCCAGUGGGCAUGUGGUAUUCUGGGGGUUUUACAACCGGGAACUGACCGAAGACGAAGGUGACCGUCUGCUAGAGACCUUUGAUACCAAGCUGCAAAAUGUACAACAACUUCAGCAUUUUGAUAACUCUUGUGCUGCCGUGGACAAGGAUGGGCAUGUCGCCAUCUGGGGCCCUUGUGGCGACUUGCGCAAGUCGAGGUCUCUGAGCGGGCUUGAGCGCCAGCAGAUGGGAGAGGUGUCGUGCAUACAAGCAAGCGGCCUUUUUUAUUCCGGUGCUUUCGCGGCGCUCCGCAAGGACGGAACAGUGGUGACAUGGGGCUUUGGGCCGUCUGGUGGUGACAGCACGGCCGUCCAGCACCAGCUGACCGACGUUGUGCAGAUUCAGGCCUCAUACAGGGCCUUUGCUGCGCUGCGGUCUGAUGGGACGGUGGUCAGCUGGGGAGAGAAGAAGGCAUCGGACACCAGGUCAGUUCAGAGCCAGCUUCACGGUGUGAAAGCCAUCCAAGCAAGCCAUGCAGCUUUCGCAGCGCUACGAGAGGAUGGAUCGGUGCUGGCUUGGGGGCUCAAAAACUUCGGGGGCUGCACAGGCGCAGCGCAAGGCCAGCUGAAAGACGUCAUUUGUAUCCAAGCCAAUGAGGCAGCCUUUGCUGCAAUCAGGGCUGAUGGCUCAGUUGUAACCUGGGGACGCCGGAACUUCGGCGGGGACAGUCAAGAGGUAAGCAAAGAGUUAGGCCGGUCUACUGCGGAUGCCAAGAUCUUUGCACAGGCUUUGGCUGAAGCCAAUGCUGCAGCUGAGGCGAAGGCUAAGAUGGCCAAGGCGAGGGCCAAAGCCAAGGCCAAAGCCAAAGCCAAAGCGAAGGCAAAGAACAAGACGAGGCGCAAGGCAAAAACUACAGCUGACACCAAAAAGGUGCUCCAGCUUCGCAAGCGGCCUGCAGCGAAGCGACCGGCUGCAAAGAAACCGGCUGCAAAGCGGCCUGCUGCAAAUUCUGGUCGGGAGUUGAAGUUCGAGGCUGCUGUCUUUACGAUUUGUGGCACGGUGUUCUUUUCUCUGCUCAGUGCAACGCUUCUGUCCGCUGUGGCGUCGGUUCUUUUUACAAUGCUCUUCCCAGGCAUCGGAGACAUCUUGAAGCACUUUCUCCGGUACUCAUGGAUGCAGCAUACGCAGUGGUACGCCUGCGCCUCAGAACGGACUUGUCGCAGGUUCCCGUGCAUUUAUGCAUCAAAGACCAGUAUAGCGCAGAGCAAUACCACGAUGUGCAGUAAUUCCUUUGUACCGUGCACACAUACAUCUUUGUACAUACACACACCCACACACUCAUACAUACAUAUAUAUAUAUAUAUAGAUAUAUAUAUAUAUAUAUAUAUAUAUAUAUUUAUUUAUAUAUACACAGAGAUCUAG